UAAGGGUAAUUUAAGAACUUUACCCUUCAUGGAAAAAACUUACGACUGUAUAACAAAUCCCGCACAUAUGAGCCUGGGUGACAUGUGAAGUGAAACGUGUAAAAACUUGAGUGGAAGCCUGCACACACCAACGUGAGUGCAGGAGAUCUGUGCUCGAUUUUGUAUAGAUCGAAUUCAAUCCGAUUGUUUUGGCUGAGAGCAAAGUAAAACGGUGAACUGGUGAAGACUGAAGAGACAAACAAUGACGACGAAGCUUUUUGCGUCGAAGCUCCGCCAAACAUGCAACAGAGGCCUAAUAUCUCACCUCCGAACACUCUCCGUAGCAGCUACAGCUACUGCACCAACCCCGUCUCCUCUUCCUCUUCAAGAGCAGCAGUAUGAAGACGCAGGGGAGAUUACGAUGAAAGGCGUCAAAAUUUCCGGUAGACCCCUCUACCUGGACAUGCAAGCCACAUCCCCUGUUGACCCUAGGGUUUUGGACGCGAUGCUCCCAUUCUAUCUCUCACGCUACGGCAACCCUCACUCUCGCACCCACCUCUACGGCUGGGAGUCUGACAUCGCCGUCGAGAAGGCUCGAGCCCAGGUGGCUGCCCUCAUCAACGCCUCUCCUAAAGAAAUCGUCUUCACCUCCGGCGCCACCGAAUCCAAUAACAUCUCCGUCAAAGGCGUUAUGCACUUCUACAAGGACAAGAAGCGCCACGUCAUUACCACCCAGACCGAGCACAAGUGCGUCCUCGACUCUUGCCGCCACCUUCAACAAGAGGGUUUCAACGUCACCUACCUCCCCGUCGGCUCCGAUGGUAUUCUCGACCUCGAUCACCUUCGUUCUGCUAUUCGCCCCGAUACCGGGCUCGUCUCCGUCAUGGCUGUCAAUAACGAGAUCGGUGUCAUCCAACCGGUUGAAGAAAUUGGCAAGAUUUGCAAAGAAAUGAACAUCCCUUUUCACACGGAUGCGGCGCAGGCUCUUGGAAAGAUCCCAAUUGAUGUCGAGAAGAUGGAUGUGAGCUUGAUGUCACUCAGUGGGCACAAAAUUUAUGGACCCAAGGGGGUUGGGGCACUUUAUAUCCGCCGAAGGCCCAGAAUUAGGGUGGAGCCGCAGAUGAAUGGUGGUGGGCAGGAGAGAGGGAUUCGGAGUGGGACUGUUCCGACUCCAUUGGUCGUUGGCAUGGGCGCUGCGUGUGAGCUAGCAAUGAAGGAAAUGAAAUACGAUGAGAAGCGGAUUACUGCACUGCAGGAACGACUGCUCAAUGGAAUUAGGGCUAAGCUUGAUGGUGUAGCGGUGAAUGGAAGCAUGGAGAGGAGGUAUGCUGGUAAUCUAAACAUCUCUUUUGCCUAUGUUGAAGGGGAGAGCCUGCUUAUGGGAUUGAAGGAGGUUGCAGUUUCUAGUGGCAGUGCCUGCACAAGUGCCAGUUUGGAGCCAUCUUAUGUGUUAAGGGCUUUGGGGGUGGAUGAGGAUAUGGCUCACACGUCAAUUAGGUUUGGCAUUGGAAGGUUUACAACAGAGACCGAAAUUGAUCGGGCAAUUGAGCUUACGGUGCAGCAGGUUGAGAAGUUGAGAGAGAUGAGCCCUCUUUAUGAGAUGGUGAAGGAAGGAAUAGACCUUAAGAGCAUCCAAUGGGCGCAACACUGAUGGAUCUACCUUUAUAUGUUGACAAUUGAAAUGCUGUAACAGUCUACAAGUUAAGUGCAUGGGUUCAAAUUUUGCUUGGACAGAACAAAAACAGUUCUUUCUCUCACUACAGCAGUACUACUCUUUUCUCUGCUAAAGAAAAACUCUAAAGUUCUGAUCUUUGAAACCAGAUAUAAUUUUCUCCUCGAGCUGUUCAUUGUGAAGUUAGCGAGGAAGUAUUUGGGUCUGUUGAUGGGGGCCACUACGAGGUUGAAACUUAGGGACAAGUGAUAGGUUUCAUUAAUUUGCUCCACUUAAAGAGUCUUCAUUCUUAGGACGGUCUCGAAAACUAGUGCCAAAGAUUCUUCAGAGCAGCAGCAGAAAGCAGCUGGUAAUCAAACAGAACUGACCCCUCAUAGACCUUUGCCUUUGCAGGUUUCAAAAACAAGAAAAUCAGAGCUUCUUACCCCAAAAAAAAUCCACCAAGAAGCGUACAACCUAUACCAUCCAAGCAGAUCUGUUCAGAAGCUUCAGGGGAUCAAAAAUCAUCAAAUCCUUGUCAAAAGGGGCCGGAUGACUUAUUGCCCAAUAAAACUGAUCCAAAUAGCUCCUUGGGAGAUCAUACGGUAACAGAACCUUUAAGAAAGGUAGGUCCUGCACCUGCAGUGAAUAUAACUAGGGGUUCACUGGAAGUUGGUGAUCUGGAAAAGAAAAUAUCUGAGCAAAGUGUAAAGGACAGGUCAGCUUCUACCAAAGCUAGUGAUGGAAUUAGUACUCACCAAGACCAGCGGAUUAGUGACCAUGAUUUUAUUGAGAGUGGCAAGAGCAGCAUGUGUAGAGGAAGCAGAAGCAGUGAUGUGAGUGACGAGAGUACAUGUAGCAGCAUUAGUAGCAGUAUCAGCAAGCCUCACAAAGCAAAUGAUUUGAGAUGGGAAGUUAUCCAGUCUGUCCGAACAAAAGAUGGGGUCUUGGGUUUUAGCCAUUUCAGACUGCUGAAGAGGUUCAGUGUGGGGACAUUGGGAGUCUCUACGUGACAGAGUUGAGUGGGACAAAGUGCUAUUUUGCAAUGAAGAUUAUGGACAAGGGUUCUCUAGCAAGCCGUAAAAAGCUGCUUCAGGCUCAGAGAGAGAGAUACUGCAAUCUUUGGACUAUCCAUUUCCCGACCAUUUUAUCCAUAAAAAUUCAAUAUUAAAAUGGGCAUUUUUGUCCCAGUCAAGUGUUGGCAGCUUUCCUCCCAAGUGGGACUUCCCCCCUCUCAAAAUCCAAAAGAACACACCCAAAAAGCGAAGCAACAACACAUGAAAACCAUAUUGGGAAUUAAACCCAUGGGGUAACUAUGUGCAUUUCUAUUUGAUAGUUAUUUGUCUUAAUUAUCUACAAGCUUUAGGAGUGCCAAUGUGUCAUUGUUUUGCCAUGCAGCCCUAUGAAGAAUGAGAAAAAAUUAAUUAUGUUGGAUACAAAUGCUCCUUGUACACUUGCUUUUCACAAAGGUUGCUCAUUGCACCUCUGGCUAUUGUUAGGAGAAGCAUUGGAUGUUUCCUGUUUAUUUCCUUUUCAAUUUAAAUCUUUGGCUCUCUUCUUUUGA